UUUCCAGACUUCACCUACCGCAAUGUGUACAUUGAGUAUUUGUUUGGGAUGAGCUUAGUUGCAUUUGUUAUGUUGGUUGCAUUGUGUUUCUAUUAAGUCUCGAAGUGCUACAUGUACUUGGCGGCAAAGAAAUACACCGAUGAAGAACGUAUCAAGGUUUCAUCAACUACGAAGCAGAAAUGUUACCUGUUUGUCGUUAUGCUUCUCUUUGUGUCAUAUCCUGGCCUGUCCGGUGUUAUCUUCACCCUCUUGCCUUCUGGCUGCGACCUGUUCUAUCUUGAUGAGAAUGAAACAUACAAUUCUACAAGACUUCGAUCAGAUUACUUUAUUGAUUGUCAAGAUGAGCAGCAUGUUCAUUUCAACCAUGCUGCCGAGGCUUCUCUCUGUUACGUUGUUGGCUUUCCGUCCUUGCUGUUUGUAUUUCUGUGGAGAAGCAACAGACAAGACAAGAGGAAAAAUUCGCAGGAGCAGCCUCUGGUUGAAUCGUCAGUAAAUGAUCCCAGUUACUACAGCGUCAAUAAUCCAACUAUGUCGACAGUAAAUGAAGAUGAUUCCACAAUCAAUCAACCACACAUCAACCUCCUAAAUCCCAUACAGCAAAGUCAGGUGGAUAUCAGCUGGAAAAGUUUUCUCAGUGGAAACUACAAAGCAGAGUUCUGGUACUGGGAAGUUGUUGAGCUUUCUCGCAAAAUCAUCCAAACACUGUUUGUUCUGCUAUACGGCCCAGAUGACCACUUUACCAUGUUUGCAACCAUCGCCAUAUCUGUUGGGUUUUUGCUCCUACAUGCAUAUGUGAGACCAACGAAAGACGCCACCGAUAACCGUCUACAGAUGUGUUCCCUGGCAACAAUCUUCCUGAAUCUCCUGGCAGCUUCCUUGCUCCUGUCUCGAACUGGAGGUAGCACAGGGAGAACCGAGGUCCUUGCGGCAAUCCUGGUUCUGAUGAACUUCAGCAUAAUUGUCUUCGUCAUAGGAAGUCUCAGCUGGAUGGUGAUGAAGUCACUAUGGCGCUCUGGGUGCUGUGGUAGUAUGGCAACAUGCAUUGCUAAAGCCUGCUGCUGGUUCUGUCGACACGAGUCAUUGGCGAGGGAAGGCAGAGGCACACGUCUUGUGAUGACGAGCGUGAGAGAUCUUUCCCUUGAUGCUGAUGAAGACUACUUGGAAAGGCCUUAUGACGAUAUCAUAUCUGAACGUGAUCAUGUGGUUGAGUAAAUUCCUACUUGUUCAUGGGUUAAAAUUAAAAGGCAAAUCAGGUCAAAUAUGGUUCAUUUGUAUAGGUCACCUGGAAUGCCAUGCACACUUACAGUGGAGGUGGG